CGCCAACACUCCCAGACAACCUGGACGACAAUUCACCGUUUCUUCAAAAAGUACUCCUCCACUGCCAAUCUCGUGGCCUCCAGUUGAGCAUCGCCUUGCAUCCAAACCAGCACGGCCACAAUGUCCGGUUAUAUCACAUACGCCUGCGGAUGCCAGACGUCCGGGGACAUUCUCAGGAGGCACAACGCCCAUACUGGGAUUUGCAGUGCCUGCAGACGUGAACGGCGCCGUAAGGCUCGAAAGAAGGGCUACCGUUCAGAAGUUUCACGUCUUGGCCCUCGUGAUGACGGAGACGGUACCAGGAACCGGGGUCGAAGCUACGCAGAUAGUGAACAUGCACAUGCGAACCGGACUCAGAACCCUGUUCCUGAUACCCGUACAUGCCCGGAAUUGGAAUCAUACCUGAGGCAUAGAGAGCGGACUCGGGGAGCUAUCCUUGAUCCCCGGACAGAGCCGGCAUCAUCCUCGAGCCAUGAAAGACCCCAAAGCGGUAGUCAAAUGCCGCUAUCAGCAUCGGCUUCGGAUUCCGAAGGCAGACGGCACAGAUCGAGGUCGCGUUCUGCACCCGCAAACACCGGUGAUGGAGACUGUGCGGAUCGCAGAGAUAGAGAGGGAACUUGGUGGAGGCCUCGGUUCAUCCGUGAUGUAUGGAAUACUAUUUGGCCUUUGGGGGAGUUGUAUCAGAGGUUUCUCUGACGCUGACAUCAAAGCUGGAUCCACCGGGGGAUAUCUACACGGGUGCAUUGGGAGGUUCCUCUGUUGCUGGUUCUUUUGACACAUUCAAUAUAGCCCCAAGUCAUGGUUAGGGACAGAGCACGUUCAUUCUAGAUGGUCUUUUAUUACACAGCGCGGCAAAUCUCCAUCGUCUACAAUUCUCGUCCAUUGAUAGAUGUCCUUGUUCGGCACACGUAUUCAAAGUCCCCAUUCUCGGCCUGGUCAAUUU